AUGGAGAUCACGAGCAGCACGAUGGUGAAGCCGGUGUGCUCGGUGCCGCACCCGCUCGACGGCGAGAAGGUCCCGCUGACCGUCUUCGACCGCGCCGCCGCCGACGCCUUCAUCCCCACCGUGCUCGUGUACCCCGGGCCGGCGCCGUCCAACGAGGCGGUCAAGGAAGGACUCCUCAGGGCCAUCGCAGCAUACCCUCACCUGGCGGGGCGGCUCGCCCUCGACGAUCAUGGCCGGCGCUUCCUCCACGUCAACAAUGAGGGCGUGCUCCUGAUCGAGGCCGCCGUGCCGGUCGACCUGGCGGACGUGCUCGUCGACGGCCGCAUGGCCGGAGACGCUGAGGACCUCUACCCUACGAUACCAGAGGAGAACAUUGGGGCGGCGCUGCUGCAGAUCCAGCUCAACAGGUACAGGUGCGGUGGUCUCGUGGUCGGCAUAUGCUCCCACCAUCACGCCGCCGACGGCCACUCCAUGAGCAUGUUUUUCACCGCGUGGGCGACGGCGGUGCGCGAGGGAAAGGACUUCACCACGCCGACCCCAUUCCUCGGCCGUGCGAGAACGUCCGUGCCCCGAAGCACGCCGGCGCCGGUGUUCGACCACCGGUCACGGGAGUUCACUUGUGGAGACCGAGACUCCUACGCCGUCGUGCCCAUGGACAGGAUCAAAAACCUCACGGUGCACUUCACGGCUGAGUUCGUCGCCGACCUCAAAGCCCACGUCGGCGCCCGCUGCAGCACGUUCCAGUGUCUCCUCGCGCACGUCUGGAAGAAAAUCACGGCGGCGCGGGAGCUGAAGCCCGAGGAGUUCACCAAGGUGAGGGUGGCCGUGAACUGCAGGGGCAGGGCCAACCCGCCCGUGCCGAUGGACUUCUUCGGGAACAUGGUGCUCUGGGCUUUCCCAAGGCUGCAGGUCCGGGACGUCCUCAACUCGAGCUACGGCGGCGUGGUCGGCGCCAUCCGCGACGCCGUGGCACGCAUCGACGACGAGUACGUGCAGUCCUUCGUGGACUUCGGCGGAGUGGCGGACGCGAACGGGGAGGAGCUCGUCGCGACGGCGGCCGCUGCCGGCACGAUGUUCUGCCCGGACGCAGAGGUGGACAGCUGGCUGGGGUUCAGGUUCCAUCAGCUCGACUUUGGCACCGGGGCACCGUCCGCCUUCAUACCGCCGGACUUGCCUAUUGAGGGGCUCAUGAUCUUCGUGCCGUCACGCAAGGCGAACGGCGGCGUCGACCUCUUCAUGGCCGUCGCGGAGGAGCACGUGGCAGCGUUCGAGGAGAUCAUCUACUCCUUGGAUUGAUUGACCCAGCCAGGGCAUGCAUGCUUGUUUCGCUUGCAUGCAUGUCAUAUAGAACGUGGUAAAAAAAUGUACGUUGUGUAGUAGAAAAUGUUUAUCGUGCAUUUUUAAAAUAUCUAUUGUAUAUUCA